CUGCCUCAAAUGUGAUUGGCGGAUUUUGACAUUUAUGGUUGUGUUUCUUGCAUCACUGAGACUCCUGCACACAUGGGACAAAAUACACAUGUUGCGCUACAAGAAGCGAGAGCCAAUCAUCUUUCGCUACAAACAGCUGCAGAAAAUAAAAGGUGUAUGAACUGAAAACACCAUUCACACAUGUGAUAACAUAGCAUAAUAUCAAUCACAUAUUAAAGUGAUUCAUGCCAUGCGAAUUGGCGCGCUUGACUUUAGUAAAGUUUCUAACUCUAAUUGUUUUUAAAUCUAUUGACUUACGAUUAAUUUUUGUACCGCGUCCUCCUGAAAAAUAACAUGCAAUGCGGUUUAAGCCAUUUUAGAAUAUAUGACACUUGAUAACUUUUAUUCUUUAAUAAAAUGAACCACACAGUAGAAAAUGCUGUUGGACCAAGAACUAGUAAUGUAUACACACCGCGCACACCGCGAAUGCAACAACGACAACGAUUUGAUAUAACUACGAGAUUAGAAGAGGACGAAGAAAUUGAAAAUUUAGGACUUGAAGCUUUAGUAGACCAAACAUGGAACAUUUAUGCAGUAUCUAUUCUGUUUGAUUUUCACCAUGAUGAUAUCCAUUUCAAAUUAUACUCCAAAAAAUUAAGAGAAGAAAUUGCAAGGACACUGUCACGAGAAGAUGUGGUUUAUGAUGCAAACUUUUCUAUUAUGGAAGAUAUUAUAUCUCAACCAAAUCAAGACACUCCAACAAUAAAGAUUCAAGUUCUUGCCAAGGACAGUAAUCACGAAGAAGGUGCAGAAAAAGUCAUUUAUAAAGGAUAUUUAUUAUCCUGGAACAUCAAACGGGUUAAAUCAAACAUACAAAACUCCAUAAAAUUACCUCUUCUAUUGUGUCGUGGUACACGUAGUUGUAUAGAUGCAGUGCAUACUAUUAUUAGUUAUAUGUUUGACUGUUUGAUAACUACACUAUCAGUUGACGAGGAAGAUUUACGCUGGUUUAUUCCAAUUGUGAUUAUGACGGCAAAAAAGAAGCAGUCUGGUGAAGUUCAAAUGGAAUAUAUAGUACCAAAAUUACCAGUUACAGAUAUUAUAACUGUUAAAUGGGAUAUUUUAGCUUUAAAAAAAAUAUUAGACACUACGAGGGAUCAAAAUGAUACAUCUUUGGAUCGUCAACAUAUAGAAAUGUUUUAUGAAAUUUUAUAUUCACAAAUGUUAAACACAGCAGAAUUACAGUUGGGAUUAUGUACAUUGCGUAGAAUCAAUCUGCCUGGAAUAACAAUAAUGGAAAAUAAAAUAAAAAUAAAGAAUGAAGAAAUUAUGGAUCAGAUAUUACUGUACCUAAAUGAGAAAGCUUUGGAUAGAUUCCACACAUCACACAUUGAUGAUAUAUGAAUGCUUCCAAAUUAUUCAUAUAUUCUUAAUUACAUGACAAAUAUGCAAUUUAGAUAGUUAUUAUAAUUACUACAUUAAUUACAC